AUGCACUCUGGCCCUAAUCACCCUCCACCGCCCCCAUACGUGAUGCUUCAAGAUCAAGGUGCCCCUGGCCACUAUCCAGGACCCCAUGGUCGCAAUCCUCCCCGGUUCAAUGGCCAAUACCGCCCCAACGGGCGCCGCAAAAAUACUUGCUUGAGGUGCUAUUGUUGUUUCUAUUGUUGCUUUUUCAUAACCCUAGUGGUGAUCAUCGCAGCCGUGGUUAUCAGCUUCAUCAUAAUUAACCCGCGCGUGCCCGAGUACAAAAUUAAUGACUUCUCUGUCAAGGCAUUCAAUCUCACCCCUGAUUUCAACCUCAACGCGCAUUUUGUGAUCACGGUAAAAGCUGAGAACCCUAACAAGCAAAUCUCCAUGAUAUAUGGGAAGGGCAGCAGUGUAACCCUCUUGUAUUCGGGGAAGAAGCUUUGCUCUGGGCAGGUACCAGAUUUUACUCAACCCACAAAGAACACGACCAUGAUUAAUGUAGACCUCAAAGGAGACUUGAAAGGGAGUGACUUCGGAGGCUCCUUGGGAGAGUCACUCAUGGAGAAAAUGAAGAGUGAUAAGAUCCCUUUGACUGUUGCGGUCAGGGUACCUGUAAAUGCAGCGAUGGGAAAAAUGCAUGUGUUGAAAGAUCCAAUGGGGAUUUAUGUCAACUGCUCCAUGGUCGUCAAUAAUUUGUCCCAACCAGAUAAGAAAGUAGGGAUUUCAGACACAAAAUAUGACGUUGAUUUUUCAUAUAAGUUCAAACAUUGA